AUGCCAAAUGUCCUGAAAGUUUUUCUAGAAAAUGGACAAACCAAGUCUUUCAAAUAUGAUAAUAAAACAACAGUUGGGGAUGUGAUGUCAUCACUUCAUGAAAAGUUAAAUAUAACCUGUACACAAUUCUUUAGUUUAGUUUUACAAAAUAUGAAAAAUAAUACAGCGGGCAAAAUGACCUUAUUACAGGAUGAAGAAACUUUGAUAGAUAUAGCAGCACGACCUGGUGCCCGCCAUUUUAGAUGUUUAUAUCGAGUAACAUUUGUACCAAGAGAUGCUUAUGAUUUAUUAAAAGAAGAUUCAAUAGCUUUUGAAUAUUUUUAUCUUCAGUGUUGUAAUGAUAUUGUCAAUGAAAGAUUUGCCUCAGAAUUAAAAUAUGAUACUACCUUACGUUUAGCAGCUCUACAAAUACAACAACAUGCUAUGACUAAUAACAUGGCUGGUAAAAUAUCCAUUAAAACUAUUGAGUAA